AUGGCUGUCGAUAGGUAUCAUUGGCGGGUUCGUCGUGCUGCUGCUCGUGUGCGCGCCGCUGCUGCUCGAGCUGACUCGCCAGUUCACCUUCAUGCAAAUACCUCCCGAGCCCGCCGCCUCCACGCCGCUCGACCAGUUUCCGGAACCAGUCCCAAGCCCGUACCUCCCCAGCCCGCCGACUCCACACUGCUCAGCCAGACCCCGGGUUCAGGAGCCCUCGCGUCUGACAUGGCCAUUCAGCAGGCAGGCAGCGGCGAGUCAGAUCUGAGCAGAGCCAACAAUCCCGAGGUGCCGCGACUCACGGCCAAGGAGUCAACACGGCUUCCAGAGGAUGCGUCUCAAUACGUCUGCUGGUCCUCAGGUACACCCCCCCCUCGCUGUCCCCCACCCCGCUGCCCCUUCCCCCCCUCUCCCUGCUCCCUUCCCCCGCUGCCGCCUACCCCCGCUGCUCCCUCCUCCCGUUGCUGCGCCCCCCCGCUCCGCACCACAUCAGGAGGAGCAACAGCAGCAACCGCAGCAGCCCCGGCAGCAGCAGCAGGAGGAAGGGGAGUGGUGGUGGGCGGCAGGGGAUGCAGUGGGUGCAUGCAAGGGGAGGAGUGCAGCAUACACGUGUGGGUCAUGCCGCCUGCUUACUGGGUGUCGCCCUUGGGGACCAAUCGGAGUGACGGGGGUAGCAUGGGUGGCAACAGUGACAGCAACAGUGAGAGCAGCAGCAGCAGCAUUAGACCCAGCCAUGAGAGCAGUUGGUUGAAGAACGACCUGACUCUGAUUCUGGAGGGCCCGGCGUUGGGCAACGGGGACGUGCAAUGCGUUGACCCCCCUGCCUGCUCGCACUACCUCAUCUCCUACCGCCUCUGGGACGUGGGGACCUACAGGUACGUGGGAGGGUGCAGGAGUGAGAAAAUACAGGCAUGUGGGAAGGCGCAGGGGUGGGGAGUUGCGAGCGCAUGGGAGGGUACAGGAGUGGGGAAUUGUAGCGUGGAAGGGCGGAGGGACAUGGGGAAUUACAGAUACUCUUACCUUCUCGCCACUCCAAUAGUGGCCUUUCCCACUCACACGCUUUCCCACUCACACGCUUUCCCACUCACACGCUUUCCCACUCACACGCUUUCCCACUCACAUGCUUUCCCACUCACACGCUUUCCCACUCACACGCUUUCCCACUCACACGCUUUCCCACUCACACGCUUUCCCACUCACACGCUUUCCCACUCACGCUUUCCCACUCGCGCUUUCCCACUCGCGCUUUCCCACUCACGCUUUCCCACUCACGCUUUCCCCCUCACGCUUUCCCAAUCACGCUUUCUCACUCACGCUUUCCCACUCACGCUUUCCCACUCACGCUUUUCCACUCACGCUUUCCCACUCACGCUUUUCCACUCACGCUUUCCCACUCACGCUUUCCCACUCGCGCUUUCCCACUCACGCUUUCCCCCUCACGCUUUCCCACUCACGCUUUCUCACUCACGCUUUCCCACUCACGCUUUCCCACUCACACGCUUUCCCACUCACACGCUUUCCCACUCACACGCUUUCCCACUCACGCUUUCCCACUCGCGCUUUCCCACUCGCGCUUUCCCACUCACGCUUUCCCACUCACGCUUUCCCACUUACGCUUUCCCACUCACGCUUUCCCACUCACGCUUUCCCACUCACGCUUUCCCACUCACGCUUUCCCACUCACGCUUUCCCACUCACGCUUUCCCACUCACGCUUUCCCACUCACGCUUUCCCCCUCACGCUUUCCCACUCACGCUUUCCCACUCACGCUUUCCCACUCACGCUUUCCCCCUCACGCUUUCCCACUCACGCUUUCUCACUCACGCUUUCCCACUCACGCUUUCCCACUCACGCUUUUCCACUCACGCUUUCCCACUCACGCUUUUCCACUCACGCUUUCCCACUCACGCUUUCCCACUCACGCUUUCCCACUCACGCUUUCCCACUCACGCUUUCCCACUCACGCUUUCCCACUCACGCUUUCCCACUCACGCUUUCCCACUCACGCUUUCCCACUCACGCUUUCCCACUCACGCUUUCCCACUCACGCUUUCCCACUCACGCUUUCCCACUCACGCUUUCCCCCUCACGCUUUUCCACUCACGCUUUCCCACUCACGCUUUCCCACUCACGCUUUCCCACUCACGCUUUCCCACUCACGCUUUCCCACUCACGCUUUUCCACUCACGCUUUCCCACUCACGCUUUUCCACUCACGCUUUCCCACUCACGCUUUCCCACUCGCGCUUUCCCACUCACGCUUUCCCCCUCACGCUUUCCCACUCACGCUUUCUCACUCACGCUUUCCCACUCACGCUUUCCCACUCACACGCUUUCCCACUCACACGCUUUCCCACUCACACGCUUUCCCACUCACGCUUUCCCACUCGCGCUUUCCCACUCGCGCUUUCCCACUCACGCUUUCCCACUCACGCUUUCCCACUCACGCUUUCCCACUCACGCUUUCCCACUCACGCUUUCCCACUCACGCUUUCCCACUCACGCUUUCCCACUCACGCUUUCCCACUCACGCUUUCCCCCUCACGCUUUCCCCCUCACGCUUUCCCACUCACGCUUUCCCACUCACGCUUUCCCCCUCACGCUUUCUCACUCACGCUUUCCCACUCACGCUUUCCCACUCACGCUUUCCCACUCACGCUUUUCCACUCACGCUUUCCCACUCACGCUUUUCCACUCACGCUUUCCCACUCACGCUUUCCCACUCACGCUUUCCCACUCACGCUUUCCCACUCACGCUUUCCCACUCACGCUUUCCCACUCACGCUUUCCCACUCACGCUUUCCCACUCACACGCUUUCCCACUCACACGCUUUCCCACUCUCACGCUUUCCCACUCACGCUUUCCCACUCGCGCUUUCCCACUCACGCUUUCCCCCUCACGCUUUCCCACUCACGCUUUCUCACUCACGCUUUCCCACUCACGCUUUCCCACUCACACGCUUUCCCACUCACACGCUUUCCCACUCACACGCUUUCCCACUCACGCUUUCCCACUCGCGCUUUCCCACUCGCGCUUUCCCACUCACGCUUUCCCACUCACGCUUUCCCACUCACGCUUUCCCACUCACGCUUUCCCACUCACGCUUUCCCACUCACGCUUUCCCACUCACGCUUUCCCACUCACGCUUUCCCACUCACGCUUUCCCCCUCACGCUUUCCCCCUCACGCUUUCCCACUCACGCUUUCCCACUCACGCUUUCUCACUCACGCUUUUCCACUCACGCUUUCCCACUCACUCGCUCACGUGUUUACUGUCUUGCAACUCUCGCCAGUGCUCUCACCUUUUUGCCUCCUCAUUUGUAGCCUUCACCACCCGGUCCUACUCACCCUUCCCACUCACCCCCUCACAGUCGCUCUGCCACCCCCCUCACCCGCCUGCUCUCCCCAUUCCAGCGCCACCCUCACCGUGGGUUGUUCCAAUCUCAACUUCUCGCCUGACUUUGCCGCCCAUUUCAGUUCCACCUUCCGCCAUGACCUUGCCACGUGGAACCUCUCAAUUGGCUGGCCUGAGAAAUCAGCUUCCGGGAACGUUCCUGCAUCUGUCAGCGCAGCUGGUAACGAUGCUCGUGAUGGCGCUGCUGACAUGGAGGCUGGGGGAUUCGAUGCCAUGACGUCAGCUACAGCCUCCGCAAAUACAACCUCCCCAGAUACUACCUUCCCCGACAUCUUAGCCACACCCUGCACACCAGGAUCCGUCCCUGGUCGUUGGAAGAAGGACAGCAGUGGCAAGUACACCUGGACUUUCUUCCCCUGCGCACCACCAUUAUCGCCUCCCAGCCAUUGGAUCUCGGAUCUACGGCGCAAGGGCAUUGAGGAGAUCAACAUAGUGGGGGACUUGCACCAGCGAGUGCUGUCAAACCACCUGCACUUCCUGCUGUCGGGGAGCACAGGGGACGUGCUGCCCGAUCCGCGCUUCAACUACACCUUCCACUCCCGCAACGCAAACCAGGAGGCGUUCCGAAUCAACUAUUAUUGGGUCGAUGGGAUCUUCCGCAAUGGGGAGUUUGGUUGUGGGUGA